GUGCAGACCGACACGAUUCCCUGUGCAGUCCGCGCGUAGUGUGAUGAGUGAACGUAGUUAGCCAGCCCGUAGCACGUUUGCUCUAUCGUUUUGCCUUCCGUAAGCAUAUAAGCUUAGCGUGUUUCCUUUAGUAGGUGCUAAAGAAGGAUAGGGGGCCCGUACUUCCACGGGUGUGUGAAUGUGGUACGCAAAGCGUGCGGAUCCAAAAUCGUAGUGUGCCAAGCGCACUUAGUUCCGUGCAAGAGUGCAAAAAGAAGUGUGGUGCAAUCAUUAAUACCGGCUACGAGGGACAAGUCAAAUUAUCCCUCCCGGGCUUUCGCGCGUUAAUUCAUCCUUCAGUUUGGGUCCACUUCGAUGCACAGGAUAACGAAUCCUUACCGUGUUUCUAGCGCCAUGGCCGGAUGGUUGGUGCUGGUUCUUUCAUCAUACUGCCUCGGUUAUGUCAUAGCCACCGAAUGGGCGGCCACAGUGACAACGGACAAUGGCAUUCUGUUUUUCGAUUCAAACUGGCGCAAGAUAUCUUCCGCGGCUCAUCAGUACAGUCGCAUUUCGGCGUUCGCGUACGACGAAGUACUUGGCAAGCUAUACUUUAGCGAUCUCGACCAUCCGGAGUACCGACUGUUUGCUCUCGACUACGACGAUGCGGAUGAGCUGCACAGGAUAACCAAGCUGUUACCUAAAUUGCCCCAAACGGCCUACAUCAGUGGUAUGGCAUUCGAUCAUCUGGAACGUCGCCUGUACUGGACGGAAAAGGGGACCCGAUCCAUCUACUACGCUGAGAUUGAUGCGCUGCUCAAUUCUUCACGUUCUGGAAAAAGCGUGACGAAAGAGACGGGUACGACGACAACACCUCCGACAGGUGCGGAAGAUACGUCCGGAGCUUCAUCGUCGUUAAUACACCUUGUGACGACGGUGGAACCAGAGCACGAGCUAGCAGGAUUAGCGAUCGAUGAGUGCAGAAGGCAUCUUUACUGGACCAACUCUUACCCGAAAACGUCCAAUAUUGUGCGCGCAUCGAUGAACGGCACGGUGCUGAACAUGCACGAAGAUCAAAUAUACGUGCCGAGAGGUAUCACGGUGGACCAUUAUCGAAACCGGCUCUACUGGGUGGAGAAGAAAUAUGGCCGACGCUACGCGAUCGAGAGCGCCAACCUGGAGGUGAGCGAUCAGCACACCCUGCAGACCGGCCUCGAUCGACUACCGGCGGACAUAGCGGUGAACAAUGAUUUCAUCUACUGGACCGAUCAGGAAAACGAUGAGAUCUAUGAAAUGCCCAAAGAACAGAACGCCCAAUCCCGUACCGUCUACCGUGGGGAACAUCCGUCCGCAGUGAUACUGCGCGCAAACCUGCUGCUAAAUCACCAGCGAAACAACCCCGAUUGCCAGGCGGUGGUCGCUCGCAUCCUGGAGAACAUGCAAAACUCCAAACCGGCCACCGUGAUGCUGCAAGAAUCGCAACAGAGUCAGCUGACCGUGUGCCUUAACAACGGCACGGUUAAUCACCAUACGAACACGUGCCUUUGUCCGUCGGCAUUCGGUGGUAAACUUUGCGAGAUAGACCUCUGUAAUAAUUUCUGCGCACAGGGUAGCUGCCGUAUCGGACGCGAUAAUCGACCGCAGUGUGCUUGUGACCGGCGGUACGAAGGUGAACGGUGCGAUCGGAAUCGAUGCGAUGGGUUCUGUCUGAAUGGUGGUCGGUGUCAGUUUGGUAAUGCCACCGCAGACACAAACGAUCGGUCCUGCCUGUGCGAUCGCACCGGAUAUAGUGGGGCACGGUGCGAGAAUCCAAUCUGUGGGACAGAUUACUGCUAUAAUGGAGAGUGCUACGUGGAGGAUGGCAAGCAUCCCAAAUGUCGUUGUAAGGCGGGCUAUCGGGGAGAGCGUUGUGAGGAAUACAGCUGCAAUAACUACUGCCUCAAUGGGGGCCAGUGUACGCUAGACAAUGAAACGAUUGUUCCUGAGUGCCAGUGUGGGGAAGAGUUUGCGGGCAAAAGGUGUGAAAUUGCGGUCCGGCUGUGUAGCACUUACAGCGAAGAUCCACAAUGGCAACAGUACUGUCUGGGCAUUUCCAAAACGUUACCACUUAUGGAACCAAAGGUAACAUACUGCAAGGAAUCGUUCAACCGGACCGUAGUUUACACGUCGCUCUGCUUCACCGUGUCGUUCGCGUUGCUGCUAGCCAUCGUGAUCAUUGUACACCGGAUGAUGAAACCACCGAGGCCACGCAUCACAAAAAAGAUGGUGGUCACGCCAAUGACCUCCCGGCCACCAACGACACAGUGCGAGAUUACAAUAGAAAACUGUUGUAACAUGAACGUGUGCGAGACGCCCUGUUUCGACACAAAGCUGCUUAAAAAAUCACAAAAAGAGGACAAACAAUUUCUGCUCGAAGACAUCGAAGAUGUUGGGGGAUCUUUUCGAAAGCUGCCGAACUGCGGUGAAGGAACGUUACACGAGCGUAAAUGAGUACUGAUGACUCGCGGUGGUAGACUAAUGAAUGCCUUCGCACGCCUGCCAGCAAACUGGUGGUCGUCAGCGCUGCUCGGUGCAGACAGUGAAUCGACCAUCAGGAGGAAGUCCGAUUGAUCAACGUGAGGAUUAGAGCCUUAUUUGUACAAUAACGUGUGAAAUAGACGGUGCCACACGACUACCCUUUCCGGAAGUGCGGGAAAUCAUCGUUAUCAGCUUCCUAGGUGGAAAACUGUCUGGCCAUGUGUAGCAACCCAAAUGCAGUGACAGUACACCAGUUAUGUUUCAACACUGCACACUGCACACACACACAGCCAUUGUCACAGCCAAGUGUAGAAACCAGAGCUAUAGUGGUUUGAUAGUUCAUUCAAGUGCAGCUAGAGUGCAUUCAUCUCCUGGUUGAUUGUGCCCUUACAGUCAGCGAAUCCAACUAAAGACGAAACACGUGCUUUUUGGUAGAAGUUCAGCUAUACCAUAGGGCGAAAUAGUACAAAACUUCCUGAUUAUUGCUCUUACAAACAAAACAAAACUAAGCAAGCUAAAUGUUUUCCAUGUUGAGUCGCAAACACAGUUUUACAACGCAGUUCCAGAGGUGCACCACAGUAGAUGAACACGAUCGAUCCGGUAGUGAUAAGAAUCAAGGCAACCCCAAGUUCCUGUAUUUGUGUAAAAAACACCUUAGGAGAGUAGAACCACACCCCGCAUGCCAUAUUCUUCUAUUGCUCGUUCUGCAGUUCAUACAUUUUCAUCGAGGAAACUACACAGCAGAGAAGCCUUUUUGGUGCUUAAAUAAGACAAAAGCUACUCCAGUGUUUUGGCAUCGCUGUGCUAAGGCUAUUCACGUAAGCCUUAUGCGGAGAAUUGAACAAUUGUUUCGUACUUUACUUUAAACAUUACAUUGCUGUGAAUGGUGCACUUGCAACUUAACUAUUUUCCGUCAGUGUAGUUUGUUUGAACAGGAUAGAAAUGUUGUUAAAAAUCGUUUGCCGCUUCUUCAUCUCUCAUUCAUGCGUUUCUCACGCUUUCAUUAUGUUAUGGUUUAGUUUAAUUUAUUUACAUGUAAAAUAUUAGGGGCUUCCAGGUGGAAAACUUCUUCAUGUAAGUGGUUUUGUAACACUCACACCAAAGUGACUCGCAAGCUCACAGCCAUAGAGAGGAUCUGUUUUAGCUACCUGAAAAACGUCCUGAAAGGAAGGAUUGCCUCCUGAGUAAUGGCCCCCGCAAACCCCAUCUGGACAGGGGUGGAAUAGAAUAAAACAAAACCGCAGAACAGCCAGAGAUCCGAGCGAAAGAAAUGAAACAGAUCUAACGCCAGGCGUUGCCUCAAUGUAUCGGAAUUGUUAACUUAGCAAAGUAUGUAGUGCUUACGUGCAACACUUAAAUGAUUGUAUCUUAAACUGAUCAUAGGAAAUGUGAUUGUAAUGGAAGGGCAAACCAAAUGUCUAAUAUCCACAUGAGAAUAUGUGAUAUUAGAUAAGUUUAUAGUUCAAAGUGAACAACUUUAUAGGUGUAUAUUGAAGGAAGCCACUUGUAGUAGCAAUAUUUUCAAAAAAGACUUAUUUUAGAUAA